UUCAUGUCAAAUCGUAAUCAGACUGCCCUCUUUUCUUUUCCCUCCAUCAUCAUCUUCGUCUUCUUCUUUUCCACCCUGCUCUUCUUCUCUCUAUAUGCAGGUGCAGCGUCCAGCAGUGUGCUGAAGAAAGAAGAUCAAGAUAGGAUGCCAAAAUUGUGGAGCAAAUGCAUGAUUCUGGUUCUCUUGACCUCCGUUCUUGUAUCUUUGUGGAAUCGCUACGCUCAUAAUGUCGAUAACGUCGCCGAAACCGAUGAUGAUUCUUCCUCUCUCUCUCCUACUCCGAUCGAUCCUUCCAUCUCUUUCGAUUUUCUUACCUCUCUUCUUCUUCAAAGAGAUUCCUUCAGUCAGAACAGCAAUGGUGAUCAUCUUCAGUAUGAUUUCUAUCGCAACACCUGCCCUGAUGCUGAGGAGAUAGUGAAAAAAUCGAUGGCGAGGAUUCACUCUCAGCACCCCGAGGUCUCAGCUGCUCUCCUCCGCCUCAUGUUCCACGAUUGCUUCAUUCAGGGCUGUGAUGCUUCCAUUUUUCUGGAUGACAGAGAUGGAAACCAAAGUCAUCCCAUAGAAAAGCAUGCAGUGCCCAAUAGGACCUUGAAGGGUUUUGAAAAAAUUGAUAUGAUAAAGGAGGAGAUCGAAAACCGUUGCCCUGGCAUAGUUUCUUGUGCUGAUAUUCUAGUCCUUGCCACAAGAGAAGGCGUUGUUCUGGCUGGUGGCCCAUUCUACCCUCUUUUAACUGGUAGGAGAGACAGCACUACGUCCUACUAUUCAGAAGCAAUGGCUGAAAUUCCUAGACCAGAUGAUAAUGUUAGACAGAUACUACACCUAUUUCAUCUUAGAGGCUUCACUGAAAGAGAAACAGUCAGUCUUUUAGGAGCACAUAAUAUUGGGAGCAUUGGAUGCGAAUUCAUAAAAGAUCGCCUGCACAACUUCUUAGGUACGGGGCUGCCAGACCCGACAAUUGCUGCUGAUUUUCUCAUUGAGAUGAGACAGAACUGCAAUGACAGUAAUAACAGCACUAGCAGUGGUGAUGUCUCUCCUAUGCUAAUGAAAUCACAAAGAGUGGUCAAGUCACAUUCAGGCUUAAAUCACGAGGAGGAUCUAUUGACUUCAAUAUCAUCAACAGGAGGCUUCGGUGCUCACUAUUACCGGAGCCUGUUGAAAGGGAGAGGACUUCUACAUUCUGAUCAGCAAUUGAUGGCCGAUGAGAGAACUGCAAGGUUCGUAAGGGCAUAUGCCUCUGAUGGUGGGAUGACCUUCAGGAUGGAUUUUGCCCGUGCAAUGAUGAAGAUGUCGAGCCUCGGUGUCUUGAUUGGAUUGGAAGGCCAGAUUCGGGAAAAUUGCUCCUCCCUCGCGAAUAGUUUCUUAAGAAACAACUGAGUCAUCUCAUGUUGCCCUCUGAUUUUGCACUCUUACCAGCUUUGUUGAGUUCUGCAAGAUCGGGGUUCCAUUCCAAUCUUCUACGGCAUAAAAAUAGAAGGUGUGCCUAUAGGUGGGACGAAGUUGGACUGCCUGCCCGGAGGUGAAUCACACAGCAGUUUUUCUCUGGAUCAUCAGAUAUGGAAUUUCCUUCGAGAGAUAUUUCUCGUUUCAACCAUUGAGUAUUCCAUGGCAUAGAUGACUCUAUGCCAUGGAAUUUGAUUCUCCUUGACAAGUCAAAUGUGGAAACCUACUCAGACAAGACAAUUAUUGCGAAAAUUUGUGAAACGAUACAUCUUUAUUCUCUCUCGUCUCGAAUAAUGUAGACUGCAAAGUAUUGGGGGGAAA